GAGUACGAAGCAGUUUCGUUUUUUUUAUUUUACAAAUAGUUAACGCCCGCCAUUUUAAACAACCAACUCCUAUAUCAAGACCUUGAUCUUCAAUUUGCUCACCUACUAAUCUAGGUACCGACGUAUUAAUACUCAAUCACAAUGGCGACGACCCUAUUCCGAACGGCCCCGGCGGCACGAGCGGCUUUACGCGCAACCUCCAUGAGAACCGGCGCUGCUGCUCUAACUAGCACCACAUUCGCCAGGGGCAAAGCAACUCUGCCCGACCUACCCUAUGACUACGGCGCACUCGAACCUUACAUCUCGGGCAAAAUCAUGGAGAUCCACCACAAGGGCCACCACCAAGUAUACGUUAACGGACUGAAUAGCGCAUUAGAAACUCUCGAAGAGGCCAAGGCCAAAGGCAACGAUACCAAAGCCGCCGACCUCGCCCCCCUACUUAACUUCCACGGCGGUGGACACAAGAACCACUCUCUGUUCUGGGAGAACCUGGCUCCGAACAACAAGGGAGGCGGCGGAGAACCCGAGGGCAAUCUGAAGAAUGCCAUUGAGGAAACCUUCUCUUCGUUCCAGGCAUUUCAGGAACAGUUCAACACCACUUUAGCUGGCAUUCAGGGCAGCGGCUGGGCUUGGUUAGUCAAGCCGUCUGCUGGAGGACCUCUCCAGAUCGUUACGAGACCAAAUCAAGAUCCCGUCGCUGGUAACCUUGUCCCUCUACUAGGUGUGGAUGCCUGGGAGCAUGCCUACUACCUACAGUACCAGAACCGUAAGGCCGAAUACUUUAAGGCUAUUUGGAAUGUCAUCAACUGGAAUGUCGUGGGAAAGAGGUUGGAGGCGGCAUAGAGCCAAUUAUGGAUGUAGAUUAUGAGAAAGAUUAGCAGGUUGAAGUUCUCUUUUGGCAAUGCCGGCGAAUUACCCAAUAUAUGUACUCGCAUAUGAGCUCACAAUCAAUUAAAUCUAUGCGAUAUCAAGUCGCUUUACUCUAGACGAUGCUAUCCAAAUCUGUGACGAAGUUCUUCGUAACAAAUGCGAGGGAGGCACUGGAUAUGUACUUAAGUUUCAAUAUCUUGUUAAGCGGGAGGAGUUAUCGUCUUGGCAAAGUGAUUAGGUAAUAAAUAUUUUUCUUGUAGUCAUCACAGG